GGACAUGAUUGUCAGGGCCCAGGAAGACUGAAAUGCUGGUCAAAGGUCAGGAUGGGGAAAGGAAGUCAGCAAUGGCAGGGAACAUCUGCUGAAGCUUCUACUCAAGUUCAGAGCACAAGGCUCUUUCUCCCUCUCCAGGCUUUCAAGUUUCAAACCUCCUCCUGAAUUCUGUGAGUGGCUUCCUCUCAGCUCACAGAUGAGUGCUGCAAAGACCGAAGAGGCGUCCAAGAGCAUGCUGAAGACAGAGCCCGCUACUCCAGACUGCCUGCAAAAGGUAGACAUGGGUAAAAAGCUCCAAGAAAAAUGUCUCAGAAUCGUCUCUCCUGAGUCUCCUCCUAAGCUUUACUGCUGCUAUGUUGUGAUCACAGUCCUCACUAUAGCAGUAAUUGCACUUUCUGUUGCUUUGUCAGUAAGAAAGAAUGAACAGACAACAGUGAAAAACACCUAUGCCGCUUGCCGAAGACACUGGAUUGGAUUUGGAAAUAAAUGUUUUUACUUUUCUGAAUCCACAAGUAACUGGACCUUCAGCCAGACCUCCUGCAUGGCACAAGAGGCUCAACUUGCUCGAUUUGACAACCUGGAGGAGCUGGGUUUCCUAAGUAGAUACAAGGGGACUUUGGACUACUGGAUCGGCCUGCACAGAGAGUCACCACAACUCCAUUGGAGAUGGACAGACAACACUGAGUAUAACAGCAUGUUUCCCAUCGGAGGAGUGGAAAACCAUGCCUACCUGAACAACAACGGGAUCAGCAGUGCCAGGGUCUAUGUAGAUAAAAGAUGGAUCUGUAGCAAACCCAACAGCUAUAUGCUCCAUUGCCAAAAUUCUUUUCCUCCUUUUUUAGCCUUUGCAAAGAGAUGCGUUUAGCAUGUUAUCUACAGUUGCUACUCUUUCCCACAUCUUUCCACAUCGCUAUUAAAGGAACUAAGAAUAUUUCUUGACAUCCCAAAUGAAAACCAUCUUGAAGAAGUGUACAUACAGGGGAUAAGAAGAACAUAGAAGAACAUAAGAGUCUAACUUAGAUGUUGGGCACUCAGACCUUUAGUGUAAAGUACAAUUAAUAUUAGUGAACCCCACUUUUACUUUUAUGCAGAGAAGUCCUUCUUUUGAGUCUAUGAGACCACAAAAAUGAGUUCCCAAAAGUGUGUGUGUUUAUAUAGUGACACAUACCUGUGAUGCCAGCUACUUAAGGGUUGAAACAGGAGAAUCACAGGUUCACAGUAGGAAGUGAAGUAUGGGAAUGCUUUAAUAAUGACAGGGAAGAGAAGAAUCUGUAGCAUCUGAUAAUUUGGCGAAACACAUUAUACGUUCUUUUCAAAAUUUAUGCCAACACCCAGAAUUUAAAAAGUAUUUAAAACUAAAAUUUAUUUUACACUCUUUAAAACAUAAGUGACACUGUCAAAAUCUCUCUCUAGGUUUUAAUAUCCUUAUUUCCAGUUUUACAUUUCUAAAUAUAUUUCUAUAAUUAUACUGUUCAAGUAUAAUCUAUAUUAUAAACAAAUGCCAUUUUAAUUUUACCACUUUAUUGGAUUCAUUUCACAUCAAAUGGGAGUUAAACUCCUUAAGCAUUCAAUACUUAGUUUUGCACUAAUGUGCAUAUUAUUGGGUCCUAAAAACAAAGUAUUUGAAAUCUUUAUAGAGUUAACUACACUGUACUGAUGAGUCCCAAAAAGGAUGAAAUAACAGGCUACAAAGCAUGUCCUGACUUUUUCAUCUCUUUCUCUCUGUUUUGUUCUAUAACAGCUUGAUUUGCUGGGGAAUUGGGGGGGUUAUGAUAUCUAUACUUGGCCUCCUGGUCCUUGAGAAAAAAGGGAUGAGAGGGGCAAGGGGAGGGAAGGGGAGAGGGAGGAUAGAA